GGUCACCCUCCGCCGGGCAUCCUCCAGCAAAAGCCGCAAGGAGAAAGGCAGCAACCGCCUGUCCAUGGGCAGCAGGGAGGUGUCAGAAGGUCCUGGCCGUCCUUCGGGGUCACCCUUCCUGUCCUUCUCCUGGUUCUCAGAUGGUGCCAGGGGCUCGGCCUCCCCCGGCUCUGCAUCACCCACUGGCUCCCCCCGGCACGAGGGGUUCAGCCCCGCCAAAUCUGCCUCCCAGGACUCGACGCUGAGCGAGGACUCCCCACCCCCCAGCUCCAGCCCGCGCCUGCCUGGCCCUGCUGCCACCAAGUGCUCCUACCCCUACCACACGCUGUCACAGUCCUCGGAUGAGUUCCUGGAUGAGCCCCCCGGUGCGGCCAUGGGCUGGACGUGCCACCAGGUCGGGCAGUGGCUGGAGAGCCUCAGCCUGGAGCAGUACGUGGAGGAGUUCUCGGCCCAUGGCAUUGAUGGCCCCCGGCUCCUGCAUCUCGAUGGGGCCAAGCUCAAGGCGCUGGGCGUGGGCAGCUCUCAGGACCGCGCCGUGCUCAAGCGCAAACUGAAGGAGCUGAGCCUGGCAGUGGAGAAGGAGCGCAAAGCCCAGGAGAAGGCGGAGAAGCAGCGGGAGAAGCAGAAGAAGAGGGACCAGGAGCAGCGGCGGAGCUAGUGGGGGGGGGGGGCAGGAGAGCCCCCAGACCCCUUCCCUUGCCCACAGCCACUCCCUCCCUCAGGGGGCAUCCAGCCCCGCCAUGGGACACGCCAUGGCCAAGGGACUGCGGUGCCAGGCUGAGACGGGCACGGAGCAGCAUGGGUGUCCCCCCCCGCCUGCACCCCUGCACCCCAC